AUGGACCUCCCUGUAGAUGCUUCCACACCAGCCUUACCUCCACCCUCUACCUCUCCAUCUCAGCAUCAUGUGCUCCCCAGCUGGGUGUCUCCUCACACCCACACAGAGCUCCUCCGGCUGCAAAACAUCCCAGCCUUCACAGGGCUGCUCUCAUCCCUGGCCAUCUCUCCCAGUCAGUGUCAGGAGUCCCUGCGCUUCCCCUCCACCACAGUGGCGGGGCCUGUCCCCUGUCACUCUCACCUGUCCACCCUGCAGAGGGCUCUCCUCUGGAAGACUAUGAGGGCUCUCCCACUGGCUGGCUGCCGUGGCUGAGGACCUGGCUGCCUGUCAUCUGGGCCAGCCCUUGCGGUCAGCAGUGGCUGGGGCCCCUCACACCGGCUCCCCAGAGGCCCUCUCCCGCUUCCUGAACAAACAUGAGGGGCCAGUCAUAGUCACGCUCCCAGGCCCAAGCAGAGAUGGAUGGGCUAGCAUCCAACCACUUCACUGGCUGAAACAAGUGACCCAGUACCAAGCUGACAAAAGAGGGGUAAUGCUUGUCUUACAUACACACAAACAUACCUUCCCACUGAGCACACACUGGUUGAAUUUCCACGUAAUUUAAAUGGAAUUAUGUUGAAUCAACGUGAAAUAGAUGUUAAAUUGACGUCUGUGACCAGUUGGUUUUGUGUUCAUUUUAAAUCAGAUUGCCAUUAUAUCAAACAUUCCAGUUUUGUGUAAUAAUCUUCUAAAUGACUGGUGAAAGUUUUUUGGAGCUAAAUGCCAGAAGGAGGCCAUCCUCUCAGCACUGAAGAUAGCUGUUCAAGAUGGCCAUUGGUUGGUCUUUAACAACUAUCAUCUGUUGGACAAAUGGGAUGACGAAGUGUUGUCAACUCAAUCAGUUGAUAACUUGUAUAGCCAAAGGUGA